CUCCGCUAACUGCCAUUUAACCCAUGCAAAUAUCUCCCCCACAUGUGUUUCACUCUGAGGAAUAGGAGUUGUACAAGAUUCCCCUUUCUCUGCUCUUCUCGUUUUUAACUCCCAAUCUUUCUUUCACUUUAAUUUUCUUAAUUUCACUUUCCCAUAACUCACCAUCUUUACUCUACCAACUCAUUGCUUUGUUCUUGUUCAUGCACACUGGCUUUACUCAACUUGCGGAAGUGAAUUGUGUAUAAUUUGAAUUAUGGCUCUUGUGGAUCAAGCUACCUUGAAGAAGAAGACUGCGGUUUCCAGGAGCUGGAUUUUGUUUGAUUGCAAAGGACAAAGCACUGUUCUUGAUGUUGACAAGUACGUUAUUAUGCGACGAGUUCAGAUUCACGCUAGAGAUCUUCGGAUUCUCGAUCCUAUGUUAUCCUAUCCUUCGACCAUUCUAGGAAGAGAUAAAGUGAUUGUUCUCAAUUUGGAGCAUAUUAAAGCGAUUAUUACUUCAGAGGAGGUGUUAGUUAGAGAUCCAAUGGAUAAUCAUGUGAUUCCAGUUGUGGAGCAAUUGCAAAGACGAUUGGCUCCUGAUAAUCUAACGAGCCAAGGCAAAGGAGAAGAGGAAGAGCAUCCUGGAGUGAGAAAUGAUUAUGAAACUGGUGAAAGGAAUGAAUUUCCAUUUGAAUUUCGUGCAUUAGAAGUUGCUUUAGAAGCUAUUUGUAGUUUUCUUGAUGCACGUACCAGAGAACUCGAGACCGAUACUUAUCCUGCUCUGGAUGAGUUGACCUCCAAGAUUAGCAGUCGUAAUUUGGAUCGGGUGCGUAAGUUGAAAAGCGCAAUGACAAGGUUAACUAACCGGGUUCAAAAGGUCAGGGAUGAACUUGAACAACUUCUAGAUGAUGAUGAUGAUAUGGCAGACCUUUACUUGUCAAGAAAAUCGGCUGUAGCAUCUUCACCUGCCAGUGACUCUGGCGCUCCCAAUUGGUUUCCUGGAUCUCCAACUAUUGGUUCAAAAAUAUCCAGAACAAGUAAAACUAGUGCAGCAACAACUCCAGAGGAGAAUGACGUGGAGGAACUUGAAAUGCUGCUUGAGGCUUACUUUAUGCAAAUCGAUGGCACCCUGAACAAAUUAUCCACGCUGCGUGAAUACAUAGAUGAUACUGAGGAUUACAUAAACAUUCAGCUUGAUAAUCAUCGAAAUCAGCUGAUUCAGUUAGAGCUCUUCCUAAGUUCUGGGACUGUUUGCUUGACUAUAUAUUCUUUGGUGGCUGCAAUAUUUGGCAUGAACAUCCCCUAUACAUGGAAGACUGAACAUGGAUAUGUAUUUAAAUGGGUGGUCAUCGUCACCGGUAUAGUUUGUGCAUCCCUUUUCUCAAUAAUAAUCUUCUAUGCUCGGCACAAAGGUCUUGUCGAGUCUUGACACGUAAUAAAAUCAGUUUGGAAGGAGGUAUUGGAAGCAUAUUUAGUUGCUCUUGGGAAGAAAGUUAUACAACUCAAUGUAAAUUCAAAUUAUGGUGCAUUGCAUUUAUAAUCAUGUUGGGGUCCUCAUAGUAAUGUUAGUGAUAGAGAUUUGAACAAGAGUGGGUAGGCAUCAUUAUGUUGGAGGAGAACUUGUUGUGGCUGUAAGAUUAGGUAACUUGUCUCGGCCCUUAGGUACAACCAAAUUGAGGAGGCAUAAUAAUUGCUGUGUAUGAAAUUAUAAAGCUUGGAUUAUGACGCAUCUUUUCUUUUCUUGAGCAAAUUGAUGAUAAGAUUAGAUUGUUCUUCAUCA